UCCAAAUGGAGGCCAUGAUGAAACCUUCUGUGGGGUGAAAUACCUUGAAUGCAUGAAUAAUUAUGGCACUUUUAUUACUCCCAAUAAGAUCUCAUACCCAUGGGCUGAUUAUGAAUUUGACACAGAUGUCACAAACAAUGAAUACUCAUUCUCUGAUGGAGCACAUGGGCGAAACUACAAAAAUUUGGACGAUGAAUUGAAAGAAUCUCACUCCUUUGAAGAGGUACCCGAAGCAAAGGCAAAUGGGAAGCGAGAUAUUUCCCUGCCGAGAGGCAAAAAGCCAACUUUGUGCCAACUCAGCCAGAGAGAGCCACAUCCAGGCAGGCUGGAUGAACCUGACCUAGAACAGAUAAUUCUGGAAUGUGCAAAGGCAGUGGAAUCAUUUGUGGAUUCUCAAGAUUUGCCGGAUAUUGAAGUGGAACCAAAAUUGCAAUCAGUUGUUCAUGCAAACUCAGAAGGCUUGGAUAGUGCAUGGGCUUUGCUACGUCCUCAGGUUAAGGACGGCGAGCAGUUUGUGGAUGAAGUUACAGAACAUCUCACAGAAUAUCUCAUGGAAGAAACUUUGGAUGAGCUGACCAGAAUCAGAGAGCAGCAAAACCAAAGCACCAAAGAUUUGUGGAAAAAAAGGCUUGAUGGACAUCGAAUCACUCAAGACUAUACUAAAUUCGCUCAGCAAAAGAGUGGUCUACUUAAAGGGCAGAGAGGCCAUGACAAAUCCUUCAUAGAUGUUGAACUUUUAAGAAUAAACUGUGCACAACUCAAAGAUCAAAUUAGUAUUAAAAAGGGCAUCUGUCACGAAAAAGGCACAGAAAAUGUGACUGAAAAUUUAAUAGCAAAAUUCAUAGAUGAUGCAGCAAAUGUAUACACACAAAUCAAGAGAAGUAGUGAUGGAAAAUUAGAUGCAAACUGUAUCCCCUGUCCUCAGACUGCAGUGGAUUCUUUGACUCCACACAAUGAGGCGUUUAACAUGGGUAUUUUUGGAAGCAGCCAGAAUGUUGACGCUGAAAAAUUCAAACGACUCCAGUCUUCCCAGGACAGGAAAACUCCAGCACAAAGAUUUGGGUUGGACCAGUGGUGUUCAGGACUCUGGAGGCAGUCAAAUGAAACUGUUUUUGCUGUUCCUUAUAACCUCGUGGAUGUUCAGCAGUUGGUUGGCAAUGCCAUCAAUGUCCUGUGGAACCAACGUGGUCACUUUCAAGAUAGCGAUGAAAUCAAUGUGUUCGAGGCUCAAGAGUAUACCGACGAGAAGGAUGCAGAUACAGUAAGCAAGUGGGUGCACAAACAGGCUAUUUUUCAUUUGACUUCUGGUAUUUUUCAAAAACUCCUAAUGGAGGAGCCAACGCCCAACCAAUAUCCGUGGCUGAAACACAAGCCUUGGGUUGGACUCGCGUCUGGUCACGUUCCCAAUACAGAGGACAAAAGGGAUGUGAAGUCAUUCAUCCAAGGCAAAGUGGCCAAGUUACUAAAUCUGGACAAAAAUGACCUGGAAAUGAAAAGGAAGCUCCAGAAACUGACAAAGUAUUGCAAGAGCAAAAGGGACUGUGUUGACAACAUCCUGAUUCAAGAACUACAAGAAGAAGAGAGCCGGUGGGUUGAAUAUGCUGAUGAUGAACUCACUGUAAAGAUGAAGCUGACUGAGGACAUCUUUAACAUCCUGGUUCAUGAUACUGUAGAUGUCCUCAACCUCAUCUGUGACAGGAGAUCAGCAGGACAGACUCUCACAGUCUCCAGCACAAAACAGUUGAAGGUUUCUCAAAAUUGACAAUGAUAAGGUCAUGCCCUCCACUGACACCACACUAGUGACCAGCCAUUGGAGAAUACUAGAAUGAGAACCAAGAUAUUCUAUUACUCGUGCUUUCACACUGAGCUCAACCUUUCCUCGGUGCUGAUUGUUAGAGGAAAGCCCAGAUACAAAGGUAAGUCAAGAUUGGGCUCAACCUUGGUUUUUCAACCUUGGUUUUUCCGAGGCUUUGCUGUUACCACUUCAGCUUCCUAUACCAGCUUUGCUGUUGUUUUACUCCAUUGCAAACUAGAUGUUAAUUUAAAAAUAUAAUUAAGAUUAUAGGUAUACAUUGUUGUGUUUCUGUCAUUACUAGUGGUUGUUGACCAUUUGGGUCACACUCAGCAUCACCCUGUUAUGUGAUUCUACAGAAAUGAUUUGCAGUGAUUUCUAGAAGAUGCUUUUAUCUUUGUAUUUUUGCUUUUCUAUUUGUUAAAGAUUUUCCUUUUUAUAACAGAUUUGUACUGGAAUAUCUCUAUGCAUAAUGAUGAAGCAGUUCAAUUAUUCUGAAAUGUUUUCAAUUA